AUGCACGAGUACACCCAUGUUAUCGUGGUUAAAACAUCUACCGCUCCUCGUACUGAAAGGGCAGAUAUUAAUGAUGCUAGGCAACAAUAUGACUGCUACUUACGAUUGCUUACUGAAUUAAAUUUGGAGCCAGUAAAGAUUGAUGCUGGUGCGUCAUUUCCUGAAAACGCUGUACUUGAAGAUGUUGCGAUUGUUUGCCACGGUAUAGCUUUAAUUUUAAAGCCGAAAGCUGGAGAAGAACAUCUAACCAAGGCUGUAAAAAAAGUUCUAGAGAGUGAACUUGGCCAAACUAUUGUCGAGUUGUCUGAUCCUGACGCUAAGCUAUUAGGAUCUGAUGUUUUGUUUACAGGUCGUGAGUUUUUCGUUGCGAUUUGCGAGACUAGCAAUGAGGCUGGUGCCAUUGCUGUUGCUGAAGCAUUCCCUGAAUUUCCAUGCACACCUAUCAAGAUGCCAAAUGGGACGCACCACUUGAAGAAGUACAUAACAAUGGCUGGACCGGACAUCAUCUGUGUAUCAGACAGUAAAGAGGCCAAAGAAUUGUUAAAACGCAUGGAGCGAGAGGCGAGUUUCUGUUACCAGACCCUGACGGUUCAAGAGGAGGACGCCGCCAACUGUCUCUAUGUUAACGGGACCCUUAUUCACAGAGCCAUCGAGGAGAUACCUCACUCGUUCAAGGUGUUCUGCGAAAAAAUCGACUUUGCACGUCGCUCCAUCUGUUUUUCCGAAUUGGCGAAAAUAUCUUCUGGAGUUGGUGCCUGUUGCCUCCUCGUAAGAAAACCUUAUAGUCUCUAA